CAACGUAACGUUUGGCCAAAAUGACUGUGGAUCGUUUCGCGAGAAAAGAUCCCACCUUGUCGGACCGAGGAGGCGAGAUUCGGCGUUUCGAAACGAGGAGUCCUUGCGCUUUUCACCAGAGCGAGCGGCCAGACACUGGCUUUUCCGCGUUGUAGCGGCUCUGCGCAAAAGGGGAGAGCGGAACCCAUGACAGACGAGCAGGGAGAGACAUGUUGCUACAGAUAGCUGGGUUUUUCUCCGGAGAAGCACGGGGAGAGGGGACUCGACAAUGAAAGCAGUAAUCCCCCUGAACACAGCAACUGAUCGUUAAUCGCGGAGGUGAGCCACGACCGCUCGUAAGCCAUCGUUUAGUGGGAAAAACUCAAGGCAGACCUCCCGUCAAUGACUAUUGUGGCAGAAAAGCCCCCACGGUGGAGUCAGCCAGAGCUGCGCUUUCCCAAAAUAUGACCAGCGGUGCUUGGAAGUGUCGGCAGCGAGAUGACGGCUUAAAAAUUUGGUGUGCUCCCCGCGAGAACGAGAAGCCAUUCACCGACUCCGAGAGGGCCCAGCGAUGGCGAUUGUCCUUAGCGUCCCUCUUAUUUCUAACCGUUCUGCUUUCUGAUCAUCUGUGGUUCUGCGCCGAGGCCAAACUGACAAGGACCCGAGACAAGUUAGCUUCAGUGGACAUGAGCGCAAACCAUAGACCCGACCUCCCUUCAACACACAGCAGCCUCAGAAGAAAUGAAGAUGCUAUUUUUGUAGUCAAUUCUACCAAACCUUUGUGGCAACUAGAAACUUGCCAGCCGGAUGGUUUGUCUGAAAACUGCUUCACUUUUGUCGACGCUGACCACUUGUGCAGGGGCCUUUCGCAAACGGAGGGGACGCGGUGGAUGAACAUAAGCGAUUUGUACCUUUCCUUUUGUAAUUCGUACUCUCUUAUGGAUUUGCUUUACGGAUCGUUAAGUCCGGACAAUUUGAACUGCAGCCUUAAUGUGAUCGUGGACGGCGACCUAAACAGCUGCAGUCUGUGCGUUCAGGCGUACCAGCGUUAUGACCUGCACGCGCUGGAGAAAUAUGAGGAAUUUGAGAUGAUGGCAGACAAAUACGAGACGGAUGUGUACUCAGUAAGGACGUGCAUGGAAGAAUGCAAGAUUGUCUACAAGCCCUGGCUCUGCGCUCAGUAUUUCCAGAGUCCUCAGUCAGGCUGCAGUCAUAAGAUUCCCUGUGAACAGUACUGUCUUGAGGUCCAGCAGAGGUGUCCGUUCAUAUUGCCUGACAAUGAUGACCUUAUACAUGGUGGAACUCCCAGUUUUAUAUGUGCAGGGUUCAAACCAGACAUCAACCAGGAGCCAGAGUGCUGUGAUGUGCGGUGGGACCAGAAGUCCAACAACCGCUCCCGCAGCACUUUAAAAAGAACUCACCCUUCCUGCCAGCACACAUCCGUGACCUCCUCGGAGGCUCCACGGCUUGGGCAGGGCCGGCUGAAACUUUGCUUGCUGGUUUUAGUUCUUCUCCACACUGUGGCUACCAUGACGGCCAAUCAGAACUCGACCUGCCUGACCGCCAUCUUUCCACUGGACGACAACGCCCCCAGAGAAGAGUGAUUGGACGAUGCUGGGCUGGACAACUCUAGCGUAUCCGCUUGCUCCAACACAUCUCGCUUUGGGCUUGUCAGUAAAGAAGCCCCGCACUCAGAGAGAAGUUGAGUGUACCGGCUCUUAAGUGAGGCUAACAGUCUCAACCAGAGAACACUUAACCACACUUGUCAUCAGCACCUUGUGGGGUUUGGGGAAAACAGCGAACAAGACACGGGACAAAAGAUAAGCAUAAUAUGAAGAGUCAGAACAUGCCCCCACAGAGACUUCUCACUCUCUUCUGGAACACACAUUGUGACACACACACACACAAACACAAACACACACACACAC